UGUUAUUUGAAAAAACGAAGCGAUUUGAUAGGAUUUUGGAAGAGAUAUGAGGGAAGAAAGAUUUGAGAAAAUAUUAGAGAGACGAGCAGUUGUAGAAAUACUUCAAUCAGUUGGGUUUUCAUCGGCAAUGAAGAGCUCUAUAAUGGCAUUAGAGAGAUUUCUUGUUUUAUAUAUUAUGAAAAUCUUAGAUAGAUCAUUACGCUUUGCAUUUUUACAAAGGAGAUACAAGAUUUCAAUUUAUGAUAUUGAAUUGAUGCUUUUUUAUGAAGGAAUUAAGAUAGAAUCAUUAGAAAUAGAAAUGAAGCAACGUAUUGGAAGAAAUUAUGAAUUAGAGAAAGACGAAUCUAUAUCGAAAGCCACAUCACGUUUUAUGAAUACGUCAUCGGCGCUUGUUGAAAAACUUUUAGGACCAGAGCUAACAGGUAUCAAUGAUGAACGACCUGACUAUCAUUUAUCACAUCUUCCUAUCUUUCCUCCAAAACAUACAUAUAUGAGUACACCAGUAUAUGUACAACGAAUGACAUGUCCUCAUAAAAUACGGGAAUUGUCAGCAAAACAAAGUCGUUUGGCUGAAAAUGCCUUAUGGAAAAUUAUUCAGAUUGAAAACAAACUAAAUCUACAUAAAAUAAAUCAGGGACCUAUUAAACAAGAUGAACUCUUUCUAAAAGUCUGGAAAGAUAUGGGCUAUGAAGAAGAUGCUUGUAGACCUUAUGAAGGUCUUGUUAAUUGGGAAACUAGCAGAUACACACGUCAACUUAGAAAUAUUUUAUAACAUCUUAAAAAUAUCUUAUUUUAUAUCAAAAAAAAUAACUAUAACCA